AUGUUGUGGAUUGUGUUGCUGAUCUCGGAGCAGGACACGACGGACAUGUACUCAAACGUUGUUCUUCGCAUUGGCGAGGUCAUCAAAUAUAAGUACGACCUGUAUGUAAAUGAGUUCUCGAAGCGAUUCGAAGUCAUCGCCAGUGAAGAGCCCGACCGUGAGAGCUUCAUUAAGGCACUCUGA